GAUAAGACAGACCCUGUUUCUAUUUUGACCUAUUCUAGACCCCAAUAGCUGAGAUCGAGCGGGUCUCUACCAGGUUUUCGGAAUGUGAUUUUAUGUAGUUAAUAUGGCUAAAGUCGUUGGGGUCGUGAUCUAGAGCUCGAAUCCCAGAAGAUCGGAGGAAUGCCAUAUAUAGAAACUAAUCAACCAAGUCGAUUAUCCGUUUGUGUAUUACGAUUAGUGGUACCAUCCUACCAUGAUAACAAUAACGAGAACAUCGGAUGUCUCGAGUUUCCGUCAAUAUAAAGGCGAGUUUCUGGCACUGCAAGCCAGCGCUUGGCCGACACCACAGACCCUACCACAGACCCUUUGAAGACCAACGUAGCUUCCCAAGGUUUAUCCGACGAUAAUAUGCGUCUCGCCGGUCCAUUUGCUUUAUUCUUCGCGGCUUGCUCCGCAGCUGCGCCGCAGAAGCUUAUGACGUUUCCCGACGCUUCGGAUGCCCCAUUCUCACCACCGACUAUACAGUCCGUCUCCUUCUCCGGCAACGGCUGCCCGCAAAACGGCGGGAAGAAGCAGGUUUCGGGCGGGUGGCAACACUUUGCGUUUACCCUCCCGGACUUCGCGGCUUCUUACGGCGGGAGCAAACCGAAGUCUGUUAAUUGCCAAGCUCACAUGAACCUGGGCGGGGGCGAACCCGGCUGGCAAGUUGCACUGAAGGACGUUUGGACUAGGGGCCACAUAGAGUUGGAACCAGAGGUGAAGUUGACGCAAUAUGUCGUUGCGUACUAUAGCCAAGAUGCGGCGAACACGAUCUCUACGACGCAAACGGUGACGAACCCUGCAAAUUCGAGCCUCGCUCGAGAUAUUACAAUCCACGCGAGCAUCCCGAAAGAAAGCGUUAUCUGGUCUCCGUGUACCGGAUCGGACGGAUAUGUUGGUAUUUUGAAUGUGAAUUUCCGCAUCGCCUUCACUUCGCCGGAUACCGCCUCGUACGGGUAUUUCGGCGGAGGAAAGAACUCAACCGUCAGCGAGAAAUGGGCCUGGACGUGGAGACGGUGUUAGCUGAAAUGAGGCACUAAAACGCGAACGAAGACCUUAUGCAAUUUUGGUAUCAGGUGAAAUACCAUAGGUCGUUUGAACGUAACGAAAUUAUAGAGCUGAAGAACCUGCCGUUCAGAUUGGCCGGGACCUCAUUUAGAAUAUGGCGUGUCUUAGGCGGGCUUUCUAGUAUAACUGUGUACAUAUUUGGCCAAGCAAAUGCCUUGGAAUCUUUCACGUAAUAGACAUGAGAAUACAAGCGCUG